AGGAUGUUUGCAUGAAUCACCUGCAUAUGACAGCCUGCUUUGUGAUUGGUCAGACUGCUGUGACAUCACAGCGUUUACAGCUAUAACUGGUGCAACCACAAGAUGCAGUGUGAAAGACGUCUGUGAAAUCAGACAGGCUUCAGACGAUCCAGAUCUGAUCCCUUCAGGAAUUUCAUCAGCUCAGUUCAGCACAAAGUGGACGAUGAAGAUCUACAUCACCCUCCUGUUGUUGGCUCCGGUGUUGACCUUCGAAGAGAAGCCCUUCCUACCACAGGACUGCAGUGACAUUCAUCGCCAGAACACAACCCAGCCCAGUGGAGUGUACACCAUCUAUCCCAUCGGAGCCACAUCUUGUGUGGAGGUGUACUGUGACAUGACAUCACAGGGGGGACGUUGGACAGUGUUCCAGAAGAGAGUGGACGGCAUGGUGAACUUCUACCAGCCCUGGGAUCGCUAUAAGAUGGGCUUCGGCAGCGCCGCUGGAGAGUACUGGCUUGGUCUCGAGAGCAUCCACCACCUGACAUACCUGCGACAGUCCGAGCUUCUGGUCCUGAUGGAGGAUUUUUCUGGAAAUAAAACCUACGCUCGUUACAGCUCAUUCUCAGUGGAUGCAGAAUGUGACGGCUACACACUGCAUGUGUCAGGAUUCAUUAACGGAGGGGCGGGAGAUUCCCUGGAUUAUCAUAAUGGAAAGAAAUUCACGACAUUUGACAAAGACCAAGACACCUGGCCAAACAAUUGUGCUCAAGUGUUCUAUGGAGGAUUCUGGCACGGUAGCUGUCACUAUGCUAACCCUAACGGGGUUUACCGCUGGGGUAGCGAUACAUCAGUGUUUGCAGUUGGAGUGGUGUGGCAGCACUGGAAGGGUUAUUACUAUUCCCUAAAAUCCAUCCAGAUGCAGAUCCGUCCUGUUUCUUAGACCUGCUCCACCCCCCAUUAAUCCAAAUCUUUCUGGAAAAAAAAAAUCAAAUCACUUAUAUCUGUUGUUGUUGUUUUUGAUUGUAAAAGGGGCGUUGCAGGGGUCCCCUCCCUCAGGUUGAGAACCAUGGACCUUGAAGACAGAGUGCAGAGGUUUAACUCUGUCCUGCUGAGUCCAAUAUCCCUACUUUAGAGGAAACGGCGCCCCCCACUGACAAUUCAGAAAAUGGUCCUGAAGCCCUGAUAAGGUGUUUUUGAGAUAUCCUGCAAACAGGGGGUGGAACAAAUCCUGCUUUAUCUGCUGAAGUAAGCCCAUUCAACCACUAGAUGUCACUGUUUUGUUGGUUGUGUUUUUUUGGUGGAAGUUAUAAACUGACCUGAUUCUUUCUCUGCUGAAGCAAUAAAUGAGAUUUUGAGCA